GUAUAAAUUGGUAGGUAAUUUUUAUAGAUACGAAACAGAGUGUCUAGCAGUGGUUAAGAAACUUUGUGGUAGAGAAGCCAUUAUUACCAAUAUGGGAACGAUAUGUAUGAGUAUCAAAAGGGCCCUUGGGAUGAGAUUAGAAGAGGCGCUCCGCUUGGUAAGAAGGACAAUGAAUGAGGCAGCACACCUAAUGACCAAAUGUAAUACGAACUGGGACUCACCAGUAGUAUGGCUAGAUAGGCCACCGAUAAUUGUGAUUGAUCAGCUACACCUGGAUGAUGUAACAGUAGUUUCUGAUUAAUAAAGCUCAAUACAGGUUGACAUAAAAAAAACAUAAAAUAACCUAUUGUUGAAUCUUCCAAUAAUCUCCUGUACAAUUUUACAAGUAUGGGUAAAAAACCCAGCAAUCAGCUAAAUGUUAAGCUAUAUGCGAAAAGUGAAGUGAUAGUUAAAGAGUAAAAUGCCCAAUUAGAAAGAAAGAAAGAAAGAAAUCACAUAUGUGCAUAAAGGCCAACAAUUUCGCAAAUCUAACAUCACAAUCCAUGUUUUGAUGUUACAGUUAUAUUCCCUUUUAUGUUCAGUUAUCCACAAAUGUUGAACAUAGUCUGUUCCAACUUCCAAGCGUGGGUAUAGCUUGACGAGAGAGGGAAGGGUUGUGGAUUCAUGCCUACAUCAGACACAAAUUGAAGGUAGAAAUGGCUUAGCUUUUUCACAUAGCAUAGGUUGUUUGUUCAUAUGUCUCUUGUUCGUUUCCUGGGCUGCAAAAUGCUUUUUCUAUAUUAGUAUCCAACGGUGGUAGAUGUAAUAGGAAAAGAAAAUUAGCCAUUUCUAUAUUAUAUAUUUUUAAUUCUUCAUAGUUAUUUUAUUUUUUUUCAGAAAAUUUCCAAACUAAAAUUGACGUUGUUUAGUGUUUUGACCUUUUCCCUCCUCAAACUUAAUGGUGUGGUGAGGUAUGGGUAUUGGGUAGGAUGUACAACUCUUAGUUGUUUAUUUGUGCAUAAUCAGAUUUAGUGAAUUGACUUUGAAUGGAGUUAUAUCCGAUGAAAGAGAUAAGAAUGCUUUUUAAUUUGGGUUAAUACCCUAGUUUGGCCCGAAGUUUAGCGUUAGUGACAGUUUUGGCCUCAUUUUUCAAAUAAGACAUUUAUGGCCUACUUUUGAAAUUAUUAGACAAAUUUGGCCCGGAAAUUAUGUUGACCGUUAAAACUGACGGUCAAACAUUUAUUCCGUCAGUUACUCAGUAUUCAGUGCUGAGGUGGCACUAACAUGGCUGCCACAUCAUUUGCACAUAAUUUUUUUAUGUUAAAAUGAAAAAAACAUGGAAAAACAAGUAAAUUAAUUUGGAGCCCACUUAAUCCCCCCAUUCCAUUUUCAACCCUACCACCCACCCAUCCCUGCGACCACCUCCACCUCCCACUUUCACCCGCCGCCACCUCCAACUCCCAUUUUCCCCCGCCGCUGCUAGCCCUUCCCUGCUUUCUGCGGCCGAGCAAAUCAACACCCACCCCUCCCAUUUUCUUCCACUUGCCCACCGAAUAACACCUCAGCGACCCAUCGGUGUGGUGGCCGCCAUUAACGAAAGCUUCUCUGGCAGGAAGUUCCAAGAGAUCGUCGUUGCGCGUGGAAAGCUUCUCGAUCUCCUCCGUCCCGACGACACCGGUAGGCUCCAAAUCAUUCUUUUCAUCGAAAUAUUCGGUGCUAUUUGCUCUUUCGCUCAAUUCAAACUUACUGGAUCUCAGAAGGAUUAAAUCGUCGUUGGUUAUGAUUCCGGGAGGAUUGUGAUUUUGAAGUACAACAAGGAGAAGAGUGUGUUUGAUAAAGUUCACCCGGAGACAUUUGGGAAGUCCAAAUGCAGGAGGAUAGUUCCUGGUCAGUACUUGGCGGUUGACCCCAAGGGGAGGGCGGUGAUGAUUGGAGCUGGCGAAGAAGAAGGAGAGGCGGAAGAAUCGUCGGCCGCUCGGGAACGACUGGGGGAAGGAGAAACGAUGGAGUGAAUAAGGGGAAGAGCUAGUGGUCCACGUGACCCCUUCUCUGUAAUUCAGUUUUUUCAUUUGUUAUUAUUAUUUGUUUUAUUUUAUUUUAUUUGUAAAUGAUGUGGACAAGCCCAGUCAGUGGCAAAUGCUGAGUCAGUGAUGGGAAAAUAGUUGACCGUUAAUUCUGACAGUCAAACCGUCUCUCGGGCCAAAUUUGUCCAAUAAUUUCUAAAGUAGGCCACAAAUGUCUUAUUUGAAAAAUGGGGCCAGAACUGUCACUAACGCUAAACUUCGGGCCAAACUAGGGUAUUAACCCUUUUAAUUUUUGUUUUUAAACGACUUGUAUCAUCUUUACUUUUGCUCGGGUUUUGAAUUUUUUUUCACAAAAGGAACGAUCAUCAAAAUCUAAAAAAUUAUAUAUGUGUUUCCCGAGAAAAACCAAAUGCCACCGCCGGUGCCGAAUUCGUUUCCGACGAUGUUGAUUUGAUGUUUCGCGGUGGAAACUCUUGCGGUGCCGUUUGAUCGAAUGCACCGCUGAUUGCUGAAAUCAAGACGACCGUCAAAUAUCCGUCGUCGAAUGUCGGCGCCGUUGAUUUGAUCGAUGCACCUCUAAAUGGUGAAAUCAACGUGACCGUCAAAUAUCCACCGUCGGGCGGUGUUGAUUUGAUCGAUGCACCUUUGACUUCUAACCAAGAACGACCGUACUACGGUUCGCACCUCUCCAAACUACGUUCGAACGAGGGUGUUUGAGUUUUGAGGAGUCUACGCUACCGCUACUCCUAUGGAGAUUCCUGUGGAGAGCUCCGCGACUACGACUAAGACUACAACUAUGGAGAUCCUUCCUGGAAGGAGAGCUCCGCGAAGGAGUUACAGAGAAAAGGUAAAGUUUGAACAGAGUUGAUCUGUGUUGAUUUUUGGUUGUCCCCUCUCUCUCCUUGCUCCGCUGCUUUUAUUUGAAAUCACUUGCGUAGUCUUCACGCCCUGUGGAACUGCUUCCUCAACCGUUCCGUUGUGAACUCCCAUGUUUCUCAACCGUCUUGAUCUCCUCCUCGCUCGGGUUGGUGUGAAUCUCACGCGAUGUCGUUUUCUUCCCCAAACAGCUUUGUUUGCUUUUUACUCCACGACAUUGUUUUAUAUUAAACAUUGUCGUUUGCUAAUACAACGGUACCGUUGGGCUUACUCGCGGUACCGUUUUUAAUUAAACGACACCGCUAACAUAGCCAAAAAAUUCCAAUUCAUUGAACCGCCAAGAAGUUUCACUCGCAUUGGGCUGGGCGGGAUUUAGGCCCUUCACUUACCCGAUAUGAUUUUUUUCUAUUUAAUCGGCACCGCUUAUCAAGGCCUCCCGCGGCAUCGUUUUUACAUCCUCGGUACCGUUUUAAUUCUCCGCGAUGCCGCUUGUCUCCAUGCGGUACCGCUUCUCCCCUUCCGACGAGGAAUAAAAAUAAUGAUAAUAAUAAUAACUCCUUUUCCAACACCAAUACUACGCGCGCGGCCCCAUCCUGUUUUCUGGUAAACAGUGUCGUUUCCAGUGCCGCGGUACCGGUGAGCUUUCUUGCGGUACCGUUUUUCUGUUUCGCGGUAUCGUUUUCAACUCACCGCGAUACCGCUUGUCGCGGUGCCAUUUUUAGCUAAAUGACACCGUCUCCCAGUCUCGCGAUGCCGUUGAACUUUGAGGUUCACGGUACCGUUCUAUCUCUUCGCAACAUUGCUCGACUCCAAACGGUGUUGUUAUUCUCCUCCUCCGACAAGGAAAAAUAAAAUAAAAACAUUCAUUGUCCAACAGCAACACAUGUCCUGCGCAUGACUCACACAUGGUCUGCAACCAAUGUCGUUUCAAAUACCGCGGUACCGCCGAGCCUCUUCGCGGUCUCGCUUAAAUUCUCCGCGGUAUUGCUCGACUCCAAAUGACAUCGUUUUGGCCAUGCGAUAUCGAAUUAAAUGCCGAGACUCAUUAUUACGGCAUUUAAUUUAGGCCAAAAAUAUUUUAGGUGUAAAAAAUAUGUUUUCGAUGAAAUAUUUUUGCAUUACCAAUCUUUAUUUCUACAAUUAGCAGAUGAUCCGUCACCUUCGUUCGUUUUAAUUUGAAUUUUAAAAGUCUUUACACAUAAGGAACGAGUUCAUUGUGAUAUGCAAAAUAAUGUCAAUCAUCAUAUAUUUUUUGGAACAAUUUUCGGGACCAAAUAUAUCACCCCCUACCACAAUAGUAGAUGGUGGUAAUUGGUUUUGCACGUUGGUAGAUGGUGGUUAGUAUAUUCAAACUAUCAUGGAUAUCAUCAUUAUACAAUAGGCUUAAUUGCAAGUUUGGUCACUCGAAUUGCUAUAAAAUUUCACGUUUGCCACUCAAAUUAAAUUAUUCCAUUUAUAGUCACUCGAAUUAGUUGAACAGUUCAAGUUCGGUCACUCUCCGUUAACCUCCGUUAACUUUGACUGACAUGGCGGUCAACUCUAACAGUUGACCGUUAAAUGUGUGACGUGGCAAAUAAAAAAUAAUUAAAAAAUAAAAAUUAAAUUUUUAGAAAUUACACAUCAUUAUCACAAAAAAUUAUAAUUAUAAAAAAUGAAGGUGUAAUUUCUAAAAAUGAAUCUCGACCACCCAGUCGCUCACCAACUGCCGGAUCUCGUCCUCCGCCACUGUCCGCAGCCGGAUACCUCAGAGCAAGCCCGGCAUUGCUCCCGAUCCCGGAGACAAUACCGGAUUCCGCCGCUUGUUCCACUGCAGGGCCGUGGCGACGGCGGAGGGUCCGUCGGCGAAGCCGUUCCAGGUCGGCGCGGGGGGCAGCCUGAUGGAGAAGCUCAGGGCGUUCGACAUUGUCUGAGACCGGGUCCGAUUGGACGGGCUCGUCCCUCCUCCGCUGUGGUUGAGGAGUCGGAAUCGGAGUCACUGGCGAAGACCACAACGACGACGGACGGGCUGACUGUCGAUGACGCGAGAAAGCUGCUGCGUGUGGCGCGAUUGGAGAUGGUCAAAUCGAAGCUGAGAGACACAGGAAGGAACUGUUUGGAUUAUAACAGCGGCCAAAAAACUUGUUGGCUCCUCUCUUCCCCUCCCUUCCAAAACCGCCAAACUGGGUUUCGUAUUAUAAAAGUUCCAACCUGCCCAGCUCGAUUAGCCGUUUCAUCCAGAAAAUGAACUCUCUGCUUGCUCCUGUAAAUCCUUAUUCCUCACUGAUUCCCCUCUCUUUGUGAAUUCCGAUUUUGAAAUCCCUUCUUUCCACACUCAAAACACUCUUCUACAUCCGAUUCGAACCACGUCCUCCAUCUCCCGAGGUUCUUCUCUUGUUGGUUUGUUUCUACUAGCUUAUCUUCCCAUGUACUGAUAAUCACCAUGCUCGGCGACGCUUACUAUGAGAAUUGGAAUACGAAUGCGGCGGCAACGGCGGCGGCUCUUCUCCAGGUUCGUAUUCUGUUAUCUCUCAAUUUCUAUGCGUCUGAUUUCUUGGGCAGGGGUUUGGAGGAGCUCAUUACUUCCUGGGCAAGAAAGUUGUUUAGUCUGC